CUGUCCCCCGCACAGCAAGAGACUGAUACCAUAGAGAUGGAGGAGUCACAAGAGAGCAGAGCUCUCAGUGGGGGGUAGAUGAAGGUAUAAUAAUAAUGCGUACACACAGGGACUGUUAUGCACUCGGUUUUUCCACAGCAGGUGGUGUCAGCAAACUGAUGUUAUUAAUUAUUGGGAGGAAAAGGGGAUGUCUCUGUAAAUCAGUCUGUUGCCUGUCAGCAGAAUAUUUAGGAACUGCAGACUUCACACACACACCUCUGCCACACAGACUGUCUGCCAUCCAAUGACAUGGAUUUAUAAUAAUCUCUCCUUAUUUGAUUUUUAACCUUUCUGUGGAUAGUGACAACAACCAGAUAUAUAAACGAUACCUUGGGCAACAACAACAAAUGAUGUAGAGGUCAAACAGAGGUCAAAUGUUAGCCGUGCUACUGUAAACCUCUUAUAGCUUCACCAUGGGACAUGAAUUUUAAUAACAAGGUCACCUCAGUGACAGGAGAACCACAACACCAGCAUAUCCAAUAUAGAAUAUGAUGCUCCUAGUGCAUCAGUAUUAACAUGAUAUCUCAUUUCAGUGACAUUAAUUGCUCAAUUACUUUGGAAUUAUCAUUUUUUAGUACACCAUAGACACCAUACCAAUGCUUGCUCUUGUUCCUUAUACCUGGGUUACUGUUGGGCCAAUUCAAUCAGUAGUUUUGGAUCUGGUCACAUUUUUUUAAAGAAAAGAUAUCUAUUGAGUCUCCAUGGUUGCUUAUUUGUAUACACACUGGAUGAAAAAUAUUUAUUUUCCUGCAAAGUAACAUGAUUUUUCCAUGAGAGGUAGCUGGUAAUGCACACAAGAUAAACUCUAUCCAUAGUUCAGCGCAAAGUAAUAACGCCUAUAGUCUCCAUUAUCUCAACUGGCCAGUGACCAAUAAAAAGAGAGAGAGACAGAGAGAGAGAGGGGUGGUUGAACAGAAUCAUUGAGGCUGUUGGUAAAAUAAAUAAUCUCAGUCCUACAAAAAAAUGUGCCAUAUUCAUUUUCAUAAUUUGUGUCUCUUAAUUGUAACAUAAUCUGCCUUCUGAGCCGGAAAAGUUAGGACCCAUAGUUUAGCUGCUAAAGUGAUGACUUAGAUAUUCAUAUGCCUCAUCAUAGGUGCUUUAAUACUGUUUGUGUUGUAGUUUUAUUUAUGAAUCAGAUGUAGAGUACCAUAUUUUCAUACACACUGGGAUUUUUCUCUAAAAGGGUUUUCUUUUUCAGAAACUACAAACACUUACAGUAAGGUGCAGAAGAGACGCAGAAACAAAACCAUUUUCAAAAUCAUAAAUAUAAUGUAAAUAAUAGAUAAAUGGGGAGAAGUCACACAUCCUAAAGAUAUUCUAAGAAUAUUAAUGUUUCACUGUGCGGUUGCAUUCAGCAGAGAGAUUAGAAUUAAUCUAGAGAGAGAGAGAGAGAGAGAGAGAGAAAUAUCCCAGUCCCAUCUAAUCGGAUUAUGCGACUAUAGGUUAACAUGCGGGCUCCCUCCGCCCUACAUGGGACGGCCGUGUGCACAGCACUUUUACUCUCUGCUGUCGCUCCACUUUUUUCUCUCUCUCGAAUAACUGGAACUACAUCUCAACGCUUUUUCCUUUAGGGGUCCCACGAAAGAAGAGUUCACUUCGCGCGGCGUCCAGGUCUCACAUAUGCGUGAUGUCAAGAAAAUGACAAAUGGCAACUGCACGCGCAACAUGCUGAACUACAAGGCGUACAGCGUACCACGGGUCAAGGAGUUGGUGUACUUUAGGAUCCCAGAGGCCAUAUAAGUUACUUUUUUAAAUUUGUUUUAGGGCAAGUUACGGUAAGUUUGGUUCCGCUCUUGUCUGGAGAGACGAGCAGUCCCAUGCCCGCGCCCCGCGUGCCAGGCUGCACUCUGCCCCGAGGACAGUGCCCGAGGCUCGGGGGUUAGAUGGUGCUGAUCACGGACGACAGGGAUGGAGGAGGCGUCUCGUCGGUCCGGGUUAAACAGCUCCAUCAGCAGCACAAAGCCGGGGGAAACGCCACCAAAGUUGGGGGAAGCGUCACCCAGGUCCACCCGACUAUCGUCGAGAAGCCGCGGUCCAACUCUGACGACGAGCACUAUCUGGGCUCGUGUGAGGAGGAAGAGGAGGAGGACGACGCUGGGGAGGAAGACGACGAUGAAUUCGAAGAAGUUGACUUUGAGGACUUGGAGGACUGUCGGAGUAUCGCGUCGGACGACUCCUUCUACCCGCCGGAUGACGUGUUCGCGGACUCGGAGCGCACCCCUUCUCCGGAAAGCCCGCGGCCGCUGUCCUUUUUCCAGGCGUGCUGCUCCAACAACGCCGCUAUCGUCCGGAUAAUGAUGCGACAUGGCGUGAAGGAGGAGGAGGUGACGGAGAAGGAUAGGAAUAACAGGAUAGGGCUGCUGGUUGCAUGUUACCAAGGUUUUGUGGACGUCGUCAUAGCGCUGUCUCAGUGUCCGCAUCUGGACGUCAACUGGCAGGACAGCGAGGGAAACACAGCACUCAUCACAGCUGCUCAAGCAGGCCACAUAACAAUCACCAACUAUCUGCUGAACUACUACUCCGGGUUGGACAUCGAGAGGAGGAACUGCCACGGCUUCACCGCUCUGAUGAAAGCUGCCAUCCAGGGCAGGGUGGAAUGUGUGCGCUCGCUCAUGAUGGCAGGAGCUGCCCUGAAUGCCAGGGACCCCGGCCGCCACUUCACUGCCAGGGAGUGGGCCUUCUUUACGGGCCGUUAUGAAACUGCCUGGGUGAUGACGCGUCUGCAGGAACGGCCCUGCCCGCACCAGUUCUGUGAUACAUACAGUCUAGAGUGGCCCCCACUGGCAUCACUGGCGGCCAAAGCCCAGGAGCCCCGUGGCUGUCUGAAGCGUCUGUCUGACACAGUGCGGAACAUCUUCAACAUUUCGAAUGUCACCGACCCGGAGGACCAAGGGGUUAUCGACCACAUGGUUUCUAUAACAACUGCCAUGCGGAGCCCGGUCAUCGCUGUGGCAUGCCAUGCACUGUGUCCAGACAGCCUCCCAAGUGUGGGUAAACGGCGUUAUGCAGUCCCUGAGAUCAUCCGCCAGCAGCGUGCCAAGGAGCUCCGCUCCGUCAACCCCGACAGGGUGGACAGCCACCUCAAACUCUUCCAGAACUCCCGGGUCACUCUGGUGGCCAAGAACACAGCGGACCGCCGGGCCAGCCUUCAGCCCCAGAGCCUGCUGCCUGGACACAGGAGCUCCAGCCUGAGCACGGUGGCUUAUAACGAGGCCCUGGAGCUGCGGAGAACCAGCCUGCUGCCCAUGCACAUGGUGCUGAGGAGGAGCAGCGUCAGGCCGGGGUUCAGCAUUCCCAAAAUGAGGGUCUCCAAGGCCCCCAAGCCCACUUAUGAACCAGAGAAGAUACGGAGGAAGAGCAGCUGCAAAGAUGGAGGGGUGCAGCUGUUGCAACUACCAAAGUGGCGGUACAAGGAGCUAAAAGAAGAAAGGAGGAAAGCGGAGGAGGCCGAGAGGAGGAGGCUGGAGAUAGUAACCAAGAGACACCUGGCUGGGAAAAGGAAAUAAUAUUGCCUCAGAAGAUUCUUCAAAAGACUAUUACCUUUUAGAGAUUUGGCUAUUUUUCUACAAGUUCUGAACAACCAGAUGAGUUCCUAAAAGAGGACCAAAGACUGAAGGCUGCAAGGGGGGAUGCAGGUUGGCCUCUUUUAAAUGUCUGCCGCGGCUUUGACAGCAUUAAAUGCACAAUGUUCAUCGUCCUUUAUGAUGUCAAUCAGGGGUUUUGAUACUUGAAAUGUUUUUAAUUAACUUAUUUUUCAUAUUUAUUGUGUUUUGAUGGAUGGCCUAGUCUAUAUUCUAUUGCGUGUUCUAACAGUGAGUUCAACUGUUUUGGAGCAGAGGACAUUUAUUCACCCAAAGUCUCUCAAACUGUAACUACAGCAGAAGUGUGUUCAUCUUUUAUUAAAGGUGUUAUGGGAUGUCUUUGAAUUAUUCAGUGGAGAAUACCAAUAGGUGUAUCAUAUUGAAUGAGAAAGCUGAACAUAAGCUUAUAUAAAUAAUAAUAAUAAUAAUGGCAUUUGACAGCAAUAUUUUAGAUGCUUUUCGUUCUGCUUUAUAAUGACCCUUCCAUGAAUGUAUUUAUUUACAUAUACAUUUUAUAUUUGAGAUUUUCAUGCAUGAUGAGAAACCUUUUAUUUUUUAAUAAGAGCUAUGUUUUCUAGUCUUAAUGAUCCAGACCAAGACUGAAAUGUGAAGCACUCAUGUGAGGUGACACUUAACUCUCAAUGUUGACAUUGCAAAACCUCCUUCAUUGCACUGAAUGCAACUCUAAAAUUUGAAUUUGGUGUGUACACGGUAUGGAUGGCGUGAACAAAAUAAACACUUCUCCUAACGAUGGAUGCCAUUGA